CCGCAGCUAAGUAUUUCAUAGAUGCCACGGAAGAAUCUACUAGACUCGGAAGGGAAAUGCAUGACAGUUCUAGAUGUAGAUGGGUUCUAUUUACCCGAUUUCAACUUUCCAAGUCAGGAAAGUGACGUACGGUCAAUAGCAGAUCAUUAUUUAGCCAGAGAUGAUGACGUAUUACUUUGUAAUUACCCAAAAUCUGGAACCCAUUGGGUGUGGGAAAUUAUCCAGAUUCUGUAUGCACAGAAGCCAGAAUUGAUAGAACACUCCAAAAUGAAAUGCAUGAUGGAAAGCCUGUCAAAAGAAGCGUUUGAUUCUUUACCGUCCCCUCGUAUACUGAAUACACAUGUUUACUUUUCCAUGCUUCCAAAAGAUUCUCUAAGACGGAAAUGUAAGAUAGUUUAUACCGUGAGAAAUCCCAAAGAUGUUGCUGUAUCAUAUUAUCACCAUCAUCGUGGAUUGUGUUUUUAUAACUAUGAUGGAUCUUGGGAUGGCUACUUAAACAGAUUUUUAGAGGGGAAUCUUGAUUAUAUGUCCUGGUUUGACACUAUACGUAGCUGGCACAGGGCCAUACAGGAACAUAAGGAUUAUCCUAUACAUGUUAUUCAUUACGAAGAUAUGCAACAGAAUGGCAUUGAAGAAAUAAGAAAGUUAGCAAACUUUCUAGAGAAACCAUAUGAUGAAAAGUUGUUAAAAGAUAUCCAAGACAAGUGUCAAUUUCAAGUGAUGCAAAAGGAUAAAUUUAGCAUUAAAAGUCAUUGGAAAGAAAACACUGCUGGUAUCUUUAGAGAGGGUAAAGUGGGUGGAUGGAAGAAGGUUUUUACAGUAGCACAGAAUGAAAAGUUCGAUAAAUUUUUUCAGGAAAAAAUGGCUGAUUUAAAUUUAGACAUUAAAUUCACAAUAUGAAUGAUAAAAUAAUACAUGUAAUUCAUCUAAUCGUAUUGAUUCAAAAUGUUUUAAAUAGCUUACAAAGACACAAUAUUUACUAGACAGAUUAUAAAAUUCUUAAAAUUCAUAUAGAAAAUAAACCUUAGAAUUAAAAAAUAGACAUUCUUGACACACUGAAAUCUGUCUUAAAUGUUAAACAGGUAAAAGGAAAUAGUCAACAAGAACAUGGAAUGUAAUUUAGAAGAUUUUUAUCUUAUACAAUGUAGAACUAGAACAGCAGGGUAUAAACCAAGCAUUUGCUUCAGUGUACACUUUUAAUACAUAUUGUUAGACUUUAUGAAACAUUAUAAAAAGUAAAUAGAACUAUUUGAACAUGCAUGACAAAUAGCAAA